CGUUGCUGUCAAUCCCCGCGGUCCACCUGUUCGGUGCGUCGAGCUUAAUGGAAUUAUUUUUUUUCAGAGGAUCAUUAUCAUCACCCUCGUCUCGUCCUUGCGGGUGUAGUCUAUAAUUAGAUAUGAAGACGAGUUUCAUGCCGCUGGUUUUUCUGUGCUGCCUUGGGUAUAUUCAAAGCAAGCCUUCAUCGCAGCCGUGUCCAAGUGGCCAGUUUGCGCUGAAGAAUCAGUGCGUCCUCUGUCAUUCCACCUGCUCAGAAUGUGCGGGCCACGAGCUCUUCGAAUGCACCUCUUGUGGAGUCGAUGAGGAAGGCCUGGAGCGUUUCCUGCACCAGGGCCACUGCCGGCCCCACUGCCCACGAGGAACCUACCCAGAGCGGGCGCGCUAUUCCUGCCUGCCCUGCAUGGUCAACUGCGAGCUGUGUGCCGACGACCGCGUCUGUGCCAAGUGCAGGGAUGGCUAUCGGCUCUUCGGCGGCAUCUGCCAGGCUGCCCUCUGCAGAGUGGGGCAGGUAGAGGACUCUGAGACUGGCGAGUGUGUUGAUUGUGAGCCUGGCUGCAAGUCAUGUACUCCAGAUGACCCAGAGCUCUGUAACAGCUGCACCGACGGCUACUUCCUUUACCGGUACCAGUGUCGGAGGCAUUGCCCUCAGAGGACCUUUGAGGACCGGGACAGGGGUGUGUGCCAGGGGUGCCCGUCCCAGUGCGCCGACUGCCGCAGCAGCACCCUCUGCCUGGCCUGCCAGCCAGGCCACUUCCUGCACGGUUUUGACUGUGUGAAAGAGUGUCCCGAGGGCACCUUUGGAGAUGGCGGCGGGUGGCGUUGCCAGUCCUGCCACACUUCCUGCCAGUCGUGCCACGGCCCACACAUGAGGGACUGCGACCUGUGCCCAAGUGGCAACCUGCCCGUUUACGGCCAGUGCCCUGUACUCACCUGCCAACAGGGACAAUACUUUGACGGAACUGACAGUGAAUGCCAUUACUGUGACGUGUCAUGCAAGACGUGUUUUGGUCCAAAGGCUCUAGACUGUUCAUCAUGCUUUACAGGCUAUAUUCUGGACCAGGAAGGCGCGUGUGUGGAGCACUGUGUCCCAGGAUCCUUUGCCAAUGUGAUGUCACAGCUAUGCGAGGAGUGUUCCCCUAACUGUGAGACCUGUGAGGGGGCCAGCGACAAGUGUGUCAGCUGCAAGAGCGGCCCUUUCAAGCUCCUCCUGCACCAAGGCCGAUGCUGGUCCAGCUGCCCUGACGGUUUCCUCGAGACAGCCGAGGGCACGUGCCAAGCCUGUGAAGCGCCCUGUGUGACGUGCGACGUGUCGGGGUCCCAGUGCCUCUCCUGUGCGGGCGGCCGCUUCCUGGAGGGCGGCCAGUGCCGAGUCAACUGCUCGCUGGACAGGAGCUACGCCGCCACAGACGGAACAUGCCGGCGCUGCGCUCCACACUGCGAUGCCUGCACAGACGACAAGACCUGCUCCAAGUGCAGUUUCCUGUACCUGCUGCUGGACGGUGUGUGCCACGCCAGCUGCCCAGAGGGCUACUUUGAGGACCUGGACGAGGGCCAGUGUGUGCGCUGCCACCCCAGCUGUGCCACCUGCUCGGGCCCUUUGGCGGACGACUGCGAGACGUGCGCCGCGCCCACGCCCAAGCUCUACGAGGGCACCUGUUCGGAGGAGUGCCCCAACGGCACGUACUUCGAGACGUCCACGCGGGAAUGCCAAGAAUGCCACCAGACCUGUUCCCGGUGUACGGGGCCCGAGCCCAACCUCUGCACACAGUGCGGCAAGGGCCUGGCCCUGGACCCCAACACUUUGAUGUGCGGAGUGACCGGCGACUCAGGCUGCCCGCCCAGGACCUUCCUCCACGCCAACCGCUUCACCUGCCAGGCAUGCCACCGACAGUGCCAGUCUUGCCAGGGCCCGGGACCUGCUGACUGCCUGACCUGUGCCCUGCCCAGAUACCUCCACAAUGGCUCGUGUGUAAGUGAGUGCCCGGCGGGCACCUACUCUGCCAGCGAGGAGGCGGACGGCAUGGACCUGGGCUUCUGCUCCGCCUGCGACCACGUCUGCUCCACCUGCUCCGGGGCCUCCCCCAGAGACUGCACCUCCUGCUCCCGGGGCUACCUGCGCCUCCUGCACCUCUGCGUCUCCCACUGCCCUACAGGGUUCUAUGCAGAUGGGGACAGCUGUGAAAAAUGCCACCGUUCCUGUGAUCAGUGUUCUGGUCCUGGACCCGAGUCCUGCCAGGCCUGUACCGCGCCACUGCUAGAACUUCACGGAACCCGGCUCUGCGUGGAACGCUGCCCACAGCGGUUCUACCAGACAGGACAGCGCUGCAUCCAGUGUCACACCAGCUGUCAGAGCUGCACAGACUCCAACCCUCAGAGCUGUGUGACGUGUGACUGGGGCAGUAUCCUGCAGAAGGGUGUGUGCUAUCCGCGCUGUGAGGAGAGUCGCUACUUAUCCCAGACUGAGUUGUGUGAACCUUGUGACGGCUCCUGCAGGCACUGCUCGGCCGCCGGCCCGCAGAGCUGCCUGACGUGCCAUGCCGGUUUCGCCCUCCAUGCCAUGGAUGCCCGCUGUGUCCGCUGCUGCCCAGAGGACAUUGGGCAACAGCAUGCAGCCCGGGAGGAGGAGCAGGGAGAUGAGAAGGACUGCUGUGUGUGUGACCCUGGCACAGCUCUCUGUCUGGAGACCCCUACGGUGGACCAGCGGGACCAGAGCGCGGCGUUGGGUCCAGAGUCCAGUCUGCCUCACUCCACCGCUGCCACGCUGCCCACCGUCCUGUGCCUGGCCCUCCUGGUGGCACUGGGUGUGUUCGGGCUGGUCCAGGCCCGCGCCCGCAAGCGGCUGUGCUGGGGUCGCAGCUACGAGAGGCUGAGCGGGACGGCAGGGUACAGGCCGGACCUGUGGAACAUGCCCCACGGCGUUCCAGAGCCAGAGGACAGCGCGGACGAAGUGGACGUCGUGUACGCCAGCCGAGACGGGUCUGUGUACCGGCGCCACAGCUUCAUCCACGAACCGGACACGGCCGAGGGAGACUUGGGCGAGGAUGAGGAGGGAGAUGAGAGCACACAGCUGAACAGAGCCUAGAAGAGAGAGAGACACACACACACACACACACACACACACACACACACACACACACACACACACAGUCUCAAAUUCUCAAAUUCUGUACAAAUAUACUUACAGAGUAACACACAAGUGGAUUUCUAGAUAUCUGCUGACCCACAUACAGUACAUGCGGGGACAACAUGAGUGAUGGUACUCAUUUUAUUGGUAUUUCCAGCAAGCACACAAUAGCCACAACAUGAUUAAUAAAUGAAGCACCAUUGCACAGUGGUAUGUGUUUGUGGACAAAGCUGACAAAUGUAUAGUUUUAGAUGUCUUUUUGAUAAGAGAAUUGUAAUGGUUGGGUUAUUUUAUAAUACUUACAAUAUGAAGGUGCAUAAAUAUAUAUUAUCUAGUGA